CGAGGGCGGCGGCGGCGGCGGCGCGCAGAGCCUGGGCCAGACCCGCGCCCGCGCCAUGCGGCCGCAGAGGUGCGGCGUCCCCCGCCCGCGUGCCCGCCAUGGAGGUGCUGCGGCGCUCCUCGGUCCUCGCCGCGGAGAUCAUGGACGCCUUUGACCGGUCGCCCACCGACAAGGAGCUGGUGGCCCAGGCCAAGGCGCUGGGCCGGGAGUUCGUGCACGCGCGGCUCCUGCGCGCCGGCCUCGCCUGGAGCGCGCCCGAGCGCGCCGCACCGGCCCCCGGCGGCCGCCUGGCCGAGGUGUGCGCCGUGCUGCUGCGCCUGGGGGACGAGUUGGAGCUGAUUCGGCCCAGUGUCUACCGCAACGUGGCCCGCCAGCUCCACAUCUCCCUGCAAUCCGAGCCCGUGGUGACCGACGCGUUCCUGGCCGUGGCUGGCCACAUCUUCUCUGCAGGCAUCACGUGGGGCAAGGUGGUGUCCCUGUAUGCUGUGGCCGCGGGGCUGGCCGUGGACUGUGUGCGGCAGGCCCAGCCCGCCAUGGUCCACGCCCUGGUUGACUGCCUGGGGGAGUUUGUGCGGAAGACCCUGGCCACCUGGCUGCGGCGGCGCGGCGGAUGGACCGACGUGCUCAAGUGUGUGGUCAGCACGGACCCUGGCCUCCGCUCCCACUGGCUCCUGGCUGCGCUCUGCAGCCUCGGCCGCUUCCUGAAGGCGGCUGUCUUUGUGCUGUUGCCGGAGAGAUGAGGCGCCCAGGUGGACAGCGGCUGCUGCCCAGCCCAGAAGCCCUGCAGCACCCGGACAGCAUCUCCCCCUCCCCCCCGACUGCUCCCCCCCAGACCAGGGCCCUCGCCUGGAGCUGGCCUGCCUGCCGCCUGGGCCCUUCCCUUCACGUCUCCUGCGAGAAGCCAGAGGGGCCCCCUCAGGACACGAGCUGGCCUCGGUCCCUCUGGGCAGCAGGCCCAGCAGAUGGUGUGACUUGUCUCUGGAAGGAGGACCGAGGCUGUGGGGUCCACGCGGCACGCCUGACCACAGUGCAGAUUGGUCCCCACCUCCCCUCUGUGCCCCUCCCCGCCCUGCCCAUGGACUCUGACACCAGGGAGGCUCGGCUCUGCAGGCUGCCCCUGGCAGGCCCACGGGAGCUGUCCCUGGGGCCUCCAGCCCAUGUGGAGUGGCGCUGGGGACCCUGGGGCUGAAUGCAGGCCCAGCCCUGCCCUGCCUCCCUGUGGCUUCUGACGGCCCGCGGGCAAUAAAGUCCAAACCAUGGUUUUCA